AUGAGGGAGGGGUUGGGCCGUAGAGGAGGGAAUAAAGUCGCCUUGACCGCAUCCGAUGUUUCUGCUGACGCCGCGGAAACACGCAGCGAUAUAGUCACACCCGAUUCCAAUGAACCCUCGAUAGAGUCACAUCGAAGCAACGAUGAACUCAAAAACUCGCAGUCUGCGGCUCCCGAUAAUAACGGGAGGACGGGCGGGGGGGCGACGAGCGUGAGUUCAGGAAACAGCGGUGGUGGUGACCCGUCAGCGGGGGACACGUCAGCAGCCGGGGAGACAGCGCCCGAUGCGGAUAGGGAGCUUUCAGCCGUCGCUGCAGCGGUGACAGGCAAAGGCGCUUCGGACGUAGCAGCAGCAGGCAAAGAGGCGAAGGACGCGGGAGGAAACGAGUCGAGUAGCACUGAGACAGCAGCGAGUGCUAGUAGCAGUACUAGUGCUGCUACUAACGAGGAUAAAGGCAUCCACGUGUUCGUAUCAACGGACGAGACGGACCUCCGGCCGAUCGCGGUGGUGAUCAACUCGACGCUUGUGAACGCGCGCGAGCCGUGGCGCGUGGAUUUCCACCUGGUGGUCCCGGAGAAAAACGUCGCUGCGAUGCGGAAGAAACUUCUCCCGCUCUUCCCGUCCACGCGGAUCGAGAUA